AGGUGCGAUCAAGCUUUCUGUACUUACUAUACUAGUAUAAGGUUUUGCUGUUGACAACAAUUGCAUAUAAACUCAAUGCGACCUCGGGCUGUGUCCAGGAGACUCCAUCAGUUCGUGAUAGUCUCAUAGAUACCUAGUCGCUGCGACCGCUCGGUGUCUUGCCUACAGAGAGAUAGGCAGACCGCUUUUUGUGGAUUCAGAUAUCUUCCGGUCCUCAUUCCCACCACCGAGAACAUGGAGAACCUAGUCGCGGAUGAGAAACCGGGUCUGCGGGAGGGGUCUCUGCGCGGCCCGACUGUCGAGGAAAUCAUUGCGGACUUGGAGAAAGACGCCGUUAUCCCGCCAGAUUCGGUCGAUAUCACCUAUGCCCGCAAGGCAGCCGUGCUGAAUCGAGCGAUUAAGGACAUUGGUAUGGGCUGGUAUCAAUGGCAACUGUUUGUCGUCAUCGGAUUCGGCUGGGCCAGUGAUAACCUCUGGCCCGUAGUCACAUCCCUAAUCCUGACUCCUAUCAAGUCCGAGUUCAACCCUCCGAAGCCACCGCUACUGAGCUUGUCCCAAAACAUCGGCUUGCUUGCCGGCGCUAUAUUCUGGGGAUUCGGCUGUGACAUCUUCGGACGUCGCUGGGCCUUUAACCUGACGCUCGGUCUCACGGCGGUAUGGGGCUUGAUCGCGGCAAGUGCUCCCAACUUUGCAGCGAUAGGGAGCUUCGCGGCUCUUUGGAGUUUCGGGGUCGGUGGCAAUCUUCCAGUCGACUCUGCCAUCUUCCUAGAGUUUCUCCCUGCCUCGCACCAAUAUCUACUGACGGUCCUCUCCGUUGACUGGGCCUUGGCUCAGGUGAUUGCUAAUCUGAUCUCUUGGGGUCUGCUGAGCAACUUCACCUGCGACAUCACAGACACCAAUUGCACACGGUCCAAGAAUAUCGGAUGGCGUUAUUUCAUGGUCACCGUCGGCGGACUCACUCUUCUCAUGUUUAUCAUCCGGUUCUUUGCCUUCAAGAUUUUUGAGUCGCCUAAGUUUCUUAUGGGCAAGGGUAAAGACGACGAGGCUGUCCGUAUUGUUCACGAAGUCGCCCGACGCAACGGCACCGAGUCUUGGUUAACUAUCGAGCAUCUUAAGGCGUGUGAACCCGAAGGAUACGAACGACGCACCGGUGCAGCCGAUGCCAUCAAGCGUAAACUCGAAAGUGUCAACCUAUCUCAUAUCCGCGCUCUCUUCGCAACGAAGAAGCUUGGAUAUAGCACUGGUGCUUUAAUGCUUGUGUGGGCGCUUAUUGGUCUGGCUUUCCCGUUAUACCACGCCUACCUUCCAUACCUGCAAGCUCUUCGUGGCGCUGACUUUGGUGAUGGGUCAACAUAUCUCACUUAUAGAAACAACUUAAUUAUCGCUGUACUAGGCGUUCCCGGCGCGCUAAUUGGAGCCGGACUGGCGGAGCUGCCAAACUUUGGAAGAAAGGGAGCACUAAGCGUCAGCACCGUUCUCACGGGCGUUUUCCUAUUUGCUAGUACCACGGCGACGAACUCUGUAGCUUUACUAGGCUGGAACUCGGCCUAUUCAUUCGCGUCAAAUAUUAUGUACGCCGUGCUCUAUGCCUUCACACCGGAAGUAUUUCCCACCCAGGACCGAGGAACCGGAAAUGCCCUGACGGCCACCUCAAAUCGCAUAUUUGGUAUCUUUGCCCCCGUGAUUGCUAUCUACGGAGAUCUUUCCACUUCGGUGCCCGUCUACGUUAGUGGCGCUCUGUUCCUUGUAGCAGGCGCCAUUGUCUUGACUCUACCCUUCGAAUCGAGAGGGAAAGCAAGUUUAUAAUCGAAUAUUAUAUUCUCAAUUAUACCUAGAACUCAGCUGGGCUAGAACCUCCAGCCGUUCGAGACAUUUAUUUACUAUUUGCUGAGCGAGUGACUGUGAGUACGCCUCGCCAGUUAUGGGAGGCGCGUAUACGUACGUCAAAGUUAUGGGUUCACAUUAUUCAAUUUCAGGCGAAAUAG